UGUAUGAUUGAGGUUUCCGCCUUUGCUCUCAUUUAGCAGCUUUGAGUCAGAUGGGACAGGCUUGGCUUAGAUGCAAGCAUAGGUAGCGGCGAAAGGAGCUACAAUUUGGAGGAAAUCUAGCCUUCCGUCCAAACCUGGCUCAACUGGAGCCAGGUGUGUAGGAGGGAAAGGAAGGGCUGAUUUCCAGGGUCGUGCGGAGUCGGCGCAUCAAUAACGCAAAUUUAGCUGUUACUCCAACAUUCUUACGCAUUUCAGCUAUCAAGUUUAUCUCCACGGGACGGCGAAUAUGGCCACGCUUUCACCUUCCCCUGCAACUCUAGCUGAGACGCUGAGUUCGGCCAUCCGUGAUGCGCCAGCCUCUGCAGUCGCAACUCUACCGCCUGCACAACACGCCGCAAAGAGCAGUUCAGUAUUUAGUCUGCUCUUUCGUCUGAUAAUCAUGAUUUUCCGAAUCGUUCCUGGAAUAUUAUACUUUCUCGUCACCUUCACGACCAUUACACUCCCAACAUGGUUGUUUACGCUAGCAUCAACGAGCUUAACCUUUACGAUGAAUGCCACUACUUUGAUGCUAAUCCUGCUGGCAUUUGCUUCAUUUAUCAGCUGGGUAGUCAGAUACCGGUUCCUGAAUAUGUAUUCUCGAUUACCACCAGAGCCGCAGCGAAAGGAGCCACAAUUAGAUCUGUUUCCGGAUACUCAAGAAGGAGACUCAAAGCCCGGGCUUGCAAGCUAUCUGGACGAGUUUCUUAGUGCUAUCAAGGUGUUCGGCUACCUUGAACGACCUGUAUUUCACGAGUUGACCAGGACUAUGCAGACGAGGAAACUCAUUGCUGGGGAAACAUUGCUAUUGGAAGAAGAGAAGGGGUUCUGUCUGGUAGUAGAUGGGCUGGUUCAAAUAUUUGUCAAGUCCAAGCGAGACGGACCAGGUGCUGAUGCAGAAGCUUGGGAGAAUGGGUUCGAGGAUGAACAAGUGCAUCCGGAUGACGGUAACCAAGGAUAUCACCUCUUGACCGAAGUGAAGAAUGGCGCACCAAUGUCGUCCCUCUUUUCCAUAUUGUCCCUUUUCACAGAAGACAUCAAGCUACGUCAUGAUGAGGAGGAUGAAUCUGGCGUAGCCUCAAGUGCGUCAAGCGCAGGGCCAGGAAGUUCGCAGUUCCUCGCCGCCGACACGACCGUGUUGAGCAAUGGCGAAGCAGACUCGAUGCCCGCCAGUCCUGGCAUGGAAGGCUCGUUGCAGUCACCUUCGCAGCGCACUCGACGCUCAUCUACUCUCACUGGAACCACGGCGAGAGGGCGACUGCCAAGUGUGCCUCCACUGUAUCUUGAUAGAGAGGGGCACCCACAAGUAUCCCACCAGUCGCGAGAGAGCAGAUCAAAGCCGAAGACGAAGUCGGUGCAUCCGGACAUUGUAGCCAGGGCAACCGUUGAUACAACAAUUGCCAUCAUUCCUGCUACGGCGUUCCGCCGGUUGACUCGUGUAUAUCCUAAAGCCACGGCCCACAUCGUCCAGGUCAUACUCACACGGCUUCAGCGCGUAACCUUGGCGACUGGUCAUUCCUAUCUAGGUCUGACAAGUGAAGUACUCAGGACUGAACGCUUUAUGAAUAAAUACACUUCCUAUGAUCUUCCUAGUUUCCUUCGCGGCGGAGCCCUUGAGAGGCUGAAAGAAAAGUUUGUCGCCGAUCGGGAGCGGAUUGGUCAUGAAGAGGGCAUGAAGGGCAUUGCGCUACAUAAUCCUGGUGCGGGUCGCAGACGAAGGUUGAGUAGUAGACUGCGACGGGAGGCCGCAGCUCAUGCAACGCCUACAAAUCCUGGAGACACUUCGAGUGUGACCACCAUUGCGCAAGGUCAUUACGAUCGCGAGAGAAUAGGUGUCAGUCCGGGUGAUUUGCUUACGAAUAUUCAAUUUGCCAGAUAUGGUCGGCGUGGUUUUCCAAAUCAGUCCGAUCGGCGGACCCAAUUGAGUCAGCCGUUCAAAUCUCCAGAGAUUCUUUCGGAAGAAUCCACCAGUCCUCUGGGACAGAAGAACUUCAAUCCACUGGCAGACGGGACAUCUCAGCUGGAUCCCGGUCCCUUACGUCGGCAAGAAUCGGUGGAUGAAGAUAUUACAUUUCGAGAGUCUAUUCUUGAAUGUAUGCUCAAGGCCAUUGGAUUGACUGACGCAAAAAAUCACAUACAAAGGCCUGAGUCCGUCGAGCAAUCUCCUCGGUUGGUGCAAUAUGACUCGCGAAGGCAGAAAGCGGUGUUCAAUAAUGCUUUCGGGUUUAUUGACCCGUACGAAGGCUCAGCCGAUGGAGACACUGAGUCUGUAUCUUCUCUGGUGAGCCUUGGAGCUGCAAAUGGUGCUGGACUGCAUCAGGAAAUGAAGGAUGACAUUGAAAUUGUCUAUUUUCCGAAGGGUGCUGUGCUGGUAGAGCAGGGCGAGCGGAAUCCCGGCUUAUACUAUGUCAUUGACGGUUUCUUGGACGUCAGUAUCCCGGUAGAAGAGGGAAGCUCAGAAUCGAGCGUAGUUGGCCCUGCGCAAGCAAUGGGUGCGCCCCCGCAAGAUGAAUACGUGCCAGCAUCACAGACUGUGCAUGGCUCAUCCCGAGCUGGCCCUAUUGGCGGAGCCACAAGCUCUGGAAAGCGAAAGAAGACGCGUAAAAAUCUUUUUCUCAUAAAGCCUGGAGGAAUAGCCGGCUAUGUUGGUACAAUUUCCUCUUAUCGCUCGUUCAUUGAUGUACGGGCAAAAACAGAUGUCUAUGUCGGAUUCCUCCCUCGAGCCGCUCUUGAACGGAUUGUUGAGAAAUAUCCGAUCAUUUUGUUGACCAUGGCAAAGCGGUUGACUAGCCUCCUUCCGCGUCUUAUCCUGCAUAUUGAUUUUGCCCUUGAAUGGGUUCAAGUCAAUGCUAGUCAGGUAAUAUAUCACCAAAAUGACGAGAGCGACGCAAUAUACAUUGUCCUGAAUGGACGUCUACGGUCCGUAAGGGAAAACGAUGAUGGUGAAAUGAAGGUCACCGGCGAAUAUGGUCAAGGGGAGAGUGUUGGUGAGCUUGAGGUGCUCACAGAGUCAACUCGACCUGCCACUUUACAUGCCAUUCGUGAUUCAGAGCUUGCCAAAUUCCCCAAAACCUUGUUCAAUAGCCUUGCUUCUGAACACCCUGGCAUCACGAUUAAAAUUUCAAAGAUUAUUGCGCAGCGUAUGCGUGCAUUAAUCGAGGAUCCUGUGUUUGAUGCAGGCAAAGAGCGAACGAAUCCCGCCACAAGCAAGAAGGUCUCGUCGACACUCAACCUCCGCACUGUUGCCAUCCUUCCAGUCACGGCCGGCGUCCCUGUUGUUGAAUUUGCUGCGCAUCUCAGUGGAGCCCUGUCUCAGGUAGGCCCGACAAAUGGCGUAACUUCCUUGAAUCAAGGUGCCAUUCUUAAUCACCUCGGCCGUCAUGCAUUUAGUCGUAUGGGUAAGCUCAAGUUGUCUCAAUACUUGGCAGAUUUGGAAGAGAAGUACGGCAUGGUUCUCUACGUAGCAGACACAAACGUUAACGCGCCUUGGACACAAACCUGCAUCAGCCAAGCUGACUGCAUUCUUCUGGUGGGACUGGCUGAAGGUUCCCCAGCCAUUGGUGAAUAUGAGAGAUUCCUUGUUGGUAUGAAGACAACAGCACGAAAGGAACUUGUUCUGCUGCACACAGAGCGGUAUUCGCCUCCUGGUCUGACUCGGGCCUGGCUACGAAAUCGAAUGUGGAUCAAUGGCGGCCAUCACCACAUUCAAAUGACAUUUCGAUCAAGCACAGAGCCUGUUAGCUCGCAGCCCAGUCGGUUCGGAUCGGCUUUGAAGCACCGUGUUCAGGUGAUUCAAGCUGAAAUUCAAAAAUAUACAUCUCGCCGCAUUCGACAGACGCCUCUUUACUCCGCCGAAGCUCCGUUCAAGAGCGAUUUUCAUCGCCUUGCUCGUCGUCUAUGCGGAAAAUCUAUUGGCUUGGUUCUUGGCGGUGGCGGCGCCCGUGGAAUUUCACACGUCGGUGUUAUUCGUGCGCUUGAAGAAGCAGGAAUACCGAUAGACAUUGUUGGCGGUACUUCCAUUGGCUCUUUCAUCGGCGCCUUGUACGCUCGGGAUGCAGAUGUUGUGCCGAUGUAUGGACGCGCGAAGAAGUUUGCAGGACGAAUGGGGAGCAUUUGGAGGUUCGCUCUUGACUUGACUUAUCCUUCCGCUUCAUACACCACUGGGCACGAAUUCAAUCGUGGCCUGUUCAAAACUUUUGGAAAUUCUCAAAUCGAAGAUUUUUGGCUUGAGUUCUACUGCAAUACUACGAAUAUCAGCAAGAGCCGUUCCGAGAUACAUACCAGCGGAUACGCGUGGCGCUAUGUUCGCGCUUCCAUGUCGCUUGCUGGACUGCUUCCGCCGCUCUGUGACGAGGGCAGUAUGCUGCUUGACGGCGGUUACGUGGACAACCUUACGGUUGCACACAUGAAAUCACUCGGUGCCGAAGUCAUUUUCGCCGUCGAUGUUGGAAGCAUUGACGACGAUACUCCACAGGCGUUUGGAGACUCAUUGUCCGGUUUCUGGGCCUUUAUCAAUCGCUGGAACCCUUUCUCAGGAUAUCCUAAUCCGCCUACUCUCUCAGAGAUUCAAGCUCGUCUCGCAUACGUCUCUAGCGUGGAUGCCCUCGAGCGCGCAAAGACCUAUCCUGGAUGUCUCUACAUGCGACCUCCCAUUGAUCAUUAUGGAACCUUGGACUUUGCCAAGUUUGAUGAAAUUUACGAAGUUGGGUACAAUUUUGGCAGGAACUAUCUUACACAGCUCCGCGAAAAGGGCGUCUUUCCUCUUAUGGAGGAGACAGAGGAGAAGAGGAAUCUUCGAAGAACACUUGCUCCUCGCCGCGCCAGUAUUUAGUGCUUGUGCUUGUCCACUUACUGACUGAUUUGGUGGCUUUUUGGUUUCGAUACUUGGCUCGUUUGACGAAUUGUAUGAAUAGCGAUGCAUUGUAUGGGAGUUGAUAACUGGACUGAACACACUUAGGACGCAUCGGCUUUGUUUAAUUACUGUCCUAUGCAUAACUUGGCAUUGCUAGCAUUUUUUGUAAUUCCCUGCCUUCGGCUGCACAAUAUACUAUUCCCUUCGGCAUG